AAGGUAUAUACGUAAGUAUGACACAUUUAUUUUUACAUCGUUAAGACGAAAAAAGGGAUAAAGAUGAAUGAAAGAAUAUGUGCACUGAUCGUAGUUUUAUCAGCCGUUGCUAUGGUAGCAACUGGACUUAUUUGUCAGUUUCCUCAUUGUAACACGGUAAAGUGUGAGGUAGUAGAUCGUGAAAAUUGUCAGGGAACUGUAAAGAUGGGUGGUGGUUAUUGUGGAUGUUGUGAAGCCUGUUUCACGGAAGUCGGGCUGGGUGAAGCAUGUCAAGUUGACUCCCGGCUUUACCCGCCCACUAUUCUAUGUAAGAAAGGUUUAUAUUGCGAGUACAACACGACAACAUGCGAGGAAAUUCCUGGCUUUAAUUUUGGCUGACUUAUUCUUGUAACAAUCUCAUAACUAUGACAAAAUAAUUAACACAAGUAAAAAGUAUAUAUGAAA